AUGUGUAGCACUACACAGUGCUGCGUGCUGGUUUACUUGUUUCACAUUUUCCACCUCCCUUUUCUUAUUAAAAGGUUUCCAAGCUACACAGAACCACAAAAUCUAACAGGUGUCUCAGAAUUCCUCCUCCUGGAACUUGAUCCUGAACUGCAGCCUGUCCUCGCUGGGCUGUUCCUGUCCCUGUACCUGGUCACGGUGCUGGGGAACCUGCUCAUCAUCCUGGCCGUCGGCUCUGACUCCCACCUCCACACCCCCAUGUACUUCUUCCUCUCCAACCUGUCCUUGGCUGACAUCGGUUUCACCUCCACCACCGUCCCCAAGACAAUUGUGGACAUGCAAACUCACAGCAGAGUCAUCGCCUAUGUGGGCUGCCUGACACAGAUGUCGCUUUUUACCCUUUUUGGAUGCAUGGAAGACAUGCUUCUGGCUGUGAUGGCUUAUGACCGGUUCGUAGCCAUCUGUCACCCCCUGCACUACCCAGUUAUCAUGAACCCACGCCUCUGUGGCUUCUUAGUUUUGGUGUCUUUUCUUCUUAGCCUGGUGGAAUCCCAGCUGCACAAUUUCACUGUGUUACAAUUCACCUGCUUCAAGGAUGUGGACAUCUCUUCUUUCUUCUGUGACCCUUCUCAACUCCUCAGCCUUGCCUGUUCUGACACCUUCCUCAAUAACAUAGUCAUGUAUUUCGGUGCUUCCAUAUUUGGGUUUCUUCCUAUUUCUGGGGUCCUCUACUUCUAUUAUAAAAUUAUUUCCUCCAUUUUGAGAGUUGCAUCAUUAGGUGGGAGAUACAAAGUCUUCUCCACCUGUGGCUCUCACCUGACAGUUGUUUGCUUAUUUUAUGGAACAGGCCUUGGCAUGUACCUCAGUUCAGCUGUGUCACCUUCUCCCAGGAAGGGUGCGGUGGCCUCAGUGAUGUACACUGUAGUCACCCCCAUGCUGAACCCCUUCAUCUACAGCCUGAGAAACGGGGACAUUAAAAAGGCCCUGUGGAAACUGCAAAACAGGACAGUCUAG